AUGCCUGUGUACGAGGUGGCAGCCAGGAAGAGGCGUCCUGCGGUCGUCAGGUCAAACGGCGCGCCAAAGCAGGGGGCAGCUGCGAGGGCGGCCGCGAGGAGUAAAGCUAAAGUUGUCUCUAAUGAUAAAAAGGAAAAUAAUGCGGAGGAUGAAAAGCCUGCGGCCAUGGAAUUCAGUGAGCCGGCGCAGUGGGUAGAACGCAUGGCACUGACAUCGACAAAGUCGUUGCCAGCGGACCUCAACGCCGACGAUGACCCAAAGCGUGAGGAGGUCUUUCUCCAUCAGGCCCUGUUGUCCGUUUCGCGUGGGCUCUCCCUCUUGGAGGAGGCGGGUGUGCCGUGGAAGCGCCCCGCCGACUACUAUGCGGAGAUGUUUAAGGACGACGUGCAGAUGAGUCGCAUUGCGGCGGCGAUUGAGAGCUCCAAGGCCCGCAUCGAGACCCAGGCCCACCGGCGUGCCAUGAAGGACCAGAAGAAGUACGGUAAGGAGGUGCAGGCGGAGGUGCUGCGCCAGCGGGCCAAGUAUAAGCGGGACAUGGGCGAACGCCUCACUGAGUGGCGGCGCAAGCGGAAGGGCAACGAAGAGUUGCGCGACAUCCUGAACGACGAUGAGGCUGCGGGAGGCGGAGGUGGGCGUUCUUCUCAGCGCGCGAGGGCUCCAAAGCAGAAGGGCCUGCGCCCUGGCGGCGGCGGCGGCGGCAAAAAGCGCCCUGGGAAGAACGCCCGCCGUCGGCGGUAA